AUGUAUGGUGUGAAUGCGGAGCUCUUCGACACUGCUGAUGAGAUGUACAUGACCAUGGACGAGUUUCCUCCAAACGAGCUGCUCGAGUAUUUCAAAACGCCGGAUGUCAAAAAGAGCCUGAGGACCGUCUUGCUCCACUUCAGUGACAUCUCGAACCCCAUGAAGCCGUUCCCGAUUGCGGAACAGUGGGCGACGUUGGUUCUCGAGGAGUUUGCCUUGCAGGGUGAUGAGGAGAAGGCCUUGGGCAUUCCCAUCGGCCCGCUGAACGACCGCGAGACCGUAAACAUGCCUCUGUCGCAGAUCGGCUUCAUUGAGUUUGUGGUGGCUCCACUAGCGCUUUCCCUGGCUGUGGGCCCAGAGCAGAUGCAGAUGGGUACCUUCAGCACUUGGAGGUCGAACGGCAUGUCUGCAACCAUCUUCCACUCCUCAAGCGUGGAAGACAUGGUAUCCUCGGUGUCUGAGAGAGAUGCCACUGGUGCUCUCCUUGCUUGCUUUGUCUUGCGAGGAAGCAUCGUCCAAGCUUUGGAGGAGGGGUCAGUGGCAAACCAGUUCUUGCACGCGACUCUGUCCCCCGAAGUGGCUCUCUACUACGCGGAGGCCUUCGGCAACGAUUCCAAGCACCAGAUUGUAGAGAUCGAUUUGCAAAGUUUCAACGGAGAGAUCAUUGAUGUGUCCGACGCAAAGGGUUGUAAUCGACAUGGGGUGAAGCACGGCACCAAGGCUUACAAUUUUGCUGUGAAGCACGAAGUCGUGCUACUUGCUGGCUAUGCAAACCCUGCUCUGCUGAGCGAGCCAUUCGACACUUCAGCUGCAAAUCAUCAAACUUACCGGAGAGGGUCAUCGUUCGCUGAUUUUGCAUCUGGACUACCUUACCAUGUGCGCAAUGAGCUCAACAACUGGAGGCGCGGCUCGAAAGCGGCUACCCGCGGCAAGCCGCAGCCGCGCACAUCUCCCACAGAAAGUGUGAGCAACGAUGAUGCUCUCCAGGGCAGCGCGCUUAGACUUGCAACAGAAAAGCUUGCCAAAGACAUUGCCAACCUGGAAGCCCGUAAGGGCCUUCUUGACUCCAUGUCAAAACAACUUCAAAACAGAAUCGAGCAAGAAGCGCGCAAAAAGGAGGAGGAGCGGCAGCGGAAACUGGAGGAAGAGAAGCGCGAGCGGCAGCGCCAGGAGGAGUUGAAAAGGAAGCGCGAGGAGGAGCAGCGCCAAGAAGAGUCAUGGCGUGAGGAACAAAGAAGGAAGCAUGCAAAAUGGCAAGCAGAGGAGAAUCGGGGUCCCAAAAUUUGGGCAUCUUGCAACGUGCAAGAAGAUUUAUACGAAGACUUUGACAGGAGCACGCUGCAUGUGGCCCUAGGAAACGGUGGCUACAUCAUGCUGUGGGACUGGGUCAAAGGACAUGCUUGGUCAGGCAUCCCCAAAGACCUUUCUGACAAGCUCAAUGGCCGAGGAUAUCACCAGUCACACGCAACACUGGCCGCUUUGAGUCCAGACUCCAGCAACUACUUCGUACAGUUUAGUGAUGGAAGGUCUCAGUGGCGUGGCCCGGAAGGCUUCACAGAGGCCGUGCAGCAAUACUCUGCCCGUCCAGCGGUUGUUGCCUUUGGCCCACAUGACUCAUGGUUUGUGAAGUGGGAUGACGGAUGCUGGCAGCACGAAGGUCUACCAAGGAGUCUCCAGAACAUGCUCGACUCAAACAGACAUCGAGCGGUUGGCUUCCUGAGUAUGUCUGGCAUCGACGACGAUGACUACAUACAUUCUGACAUAGACGAUGCUGCAUGGUUCAUUCGGUGGGAAGAUGGCAAUGGCCCUGCCUGGAAGCUGACCGGUUCCCCCACCUCGCUUUCAGAAGCCAUUGAAGAGAUUCAGGAAUGGGGUGGCAGCGUGCGCAGUGUUGAGUUUGGGAGCCAUGGUGAGUGGGUUCUCCGGUACGCAGAUUGA